CUUAUGCUUCCUCUGCUAUUUUUUUUCUUUUAUUCCCCUCAAAGCUAAAUGCUUUAUCUGCUUGGUUGCUAUGACAAAAGAGGGGAAAAAUGAAGGAAAAUAAGAGUCAGGAUCGUAUGUUUGAUGUCUGAGGUUUUUUUUUUUUUAAAAUAAUUGUUAUUGUUUGAUCCAUUUCCCCAUGAGCCAUUCUAAGGUAGCUGUGUUAAAGGAUUCGUACAAUGUAUUAUUUUUAGCAUCGACUUUCUGGUGCCCAAGACGUGAUAUUAGUUGCCAAAUAGUUCUCUUCGAUCAUUUUGGUUUUGGUUUUCGUACAAUGUAUUAUUUUUUUGAUAUACUUAGCCAGGUUUUCUUUUACACUGGAAGUUGAGUAUUUGCAGUGAAGAAGCUGACUUUUGAUUCUAGAACCUGUUGAGUAAUUGAAAAGCACCAUAGAACUGUGCUGAAGUAGCUGAAAGAUCUAAGAAAGGGUUUUUUUGGUUUAAACUGGACUGAUCCGGGAUGGCAGAGCGGGGUGUCUGCCGACAAGUUAAAUUCCUGAACUCUCAAGGAGAUAGCACUGCCAAACCGUUGCCUGGCAAAAUUGAGGAAGAAUAUGAUGAAGAUGAUAAAAAGCAUGUGAAAACUAUGUUGAUUUCAUGCCCAGAAGUACGGAAGAGAAAAUGCCUUUCCUCCAACCAACUGAGAAAAGAAAAAGCUGCAAGAUGUGGGAAACAAAGCUUAAGUAAUGGUCCUAACAAGGGCAAGCAAAACAAACAUAAAAAUACUGUAGAGAGAUGGUCUGCUGAAAGGUAUAAUCUAGCUGAAGAAAGCAUGUUAGAGAUCAUGAAGGCUGAAGGGGCUGUGUUUGAGAAUCCAAUAUCUCGGCCUGCUUUGAGAAUGGCAGCCCGUAAACUUAUUGGUGAUACUGGGCUAUUGGACCAUCUGCUGAAGCACAUUGAUGGAAAGGUGGCACCUGGAGGUACUGAUAGGUUUCGGCGUUGUUACAAUACCAGUGGAGUGAUGGAGUAUUGGCUGGAGAAUGCUGACCUGGUCAACAAGCAAAAGGAGGCUGGGAUCUCCCCAUUUUGGCAGAAACCUGUUGCUGCUCCAAAUCAUGUUUCAGCUGGUGCUAUAGAAUUCAAUCUGCUUAAUGAAGAAAUGGUAAAACUGAAGAGAGAGAUGCAGGAGCUGGUAUCCAAGCAGCAAGAGCAAGAUCAAGCAAAUUCAAUUGAGGAGAUGCAGAAAGAAAUGUUGAAAUGGAAAGCAAAGACAGAUGAGCGCCUAAUGGAGUUUACAAGUUCAUUGAAUGGUAUGCAGAAUAUGUGCAAAGAACUGAUGACAUGGAAAACUAGAGUUGAGCAGCAGAUGCUGGAAAUUUCAAAUUCAUUGAGCACUCUGCAGGCAUCAAAGCAAUGCACUAUCUUUAGUCCAUCAGCUUCUGAAAGAUGGGAAGAUUGGUUAGAGAGCACCAACCUGGACAAUUUUCAAGGCGGUAACUUGUCACCCUGGAUAGACAAUCCAGAGCUGAUUAAUUUUGGGCAGGAUGCAGUUCAAGAGACGGAUCUGGCCCCACUUGCAUGGCCAAGACCUGGUCAUAGCCCCUUUGAAGGCCCUUUUUGUGCUCAAGAUCUGGACAUGAUUAAUGAAGAAAUGGCUAAAAUAAUGAGCAAUGUGGAGGAGCUAGCACCAAGGAGGCAAGGGGAAGAUCAAGCUAAUGUGACACCUGAUUCUUCUGUAACUGCCAAUUCAAAGUCAGAUCUUGAUAAUUUGCUUCUGGUUCAGGAAAUGUUGAAGGACCUGGUGAAGUGGAAAGCUAAAAUUAAGCAACAGCUGACAGAUAUUUCAAGUGCGGUUAGCGUUCUGCAGAAAUCAAGGCAGUAAAUUCUCAUCAACUAUGCAUGGAUAGAACUGAGUGGAGAAAUACAUUUGAAUCCCGCAACGCUCCUUCCCCACCAACCCUCCAUCUCCCAUAUUUUCGGAUAGCUUAAAUUAACAUUUAUAUUAAGUAGGAUUUAGAUUUUGUAUAGGACUCACAGACUGAAGCUGAGCCCCCUGCACUUUCUGAUACACUACAUCUGUGGCACCCUAUCAGACCUUUAACCUACAAAAACGUGACACUUAAUAUUUGUGAGUUGCAGGUUGUCAAUAUGAUGCUUUUUAGAGUAGAAACAUCUUUUCCGAGUAUAGAUUUCUGUAGAAUGGCAUAUAUUUAAAAUAUAUAUAGAUAUGGAUUAUUGUUGCUU